AUGGAAUCGUCAUCUUUUAAGGUUAUUAUUGUUGGUGGCGGCCCGGUUGGCUUGACUGCCGCCCACGCCCUUUGUCACGCCGGCAUAGACUUUGUCGUCUUGGAGCAAAGGGAGUCCGUUGUCCUUGACCAGGGUGCCAGUUUGGUCCUUGCAGCACAUAGUCUACGAGUAAUGCACCAAUUCGGUCUGCUGGACGAGCUGAUGAAGGUUGGAUGUGAGCUGCAGUGCCACCAGUCUUUUACUCGAGAAGGAUAUCGAUUCUGCCAUUCAGAUACUUUCUCGAUAAUGAAGAAGAACCAUGGAUCAGCACCUGUAGCAUUUCACCGGGCCAAGCUCGUAGAAAUCCUCUACAAUAGACUUCCGGCCAAAGCAAAAGAGCGGUAUUUUCUAAAUAAGAAGCUCACCGGAAUCGAAUCGGACGAGAAAGGCGUCAGCGUCAUCUGUGCCGACGGCAGUACAUACCGUGGAUCGAUGAUCCUGGGAGCAGAUGGUACGCAUAGCAAAACCCGUCGGUUGAUGCGAAGUUUGGCUAUAGCGGAGAACCCCCAGCGUGACUGGGACGAGGAGAAACCCUUUCCGGCACAGUACAGAUGCAUGUGGUGUAGCUUUCCACGACCAGCAGAAAUGGGCCAAUUUUGCGAAACACAGUCCAAGGACCGCUCUGUUAUGUUCAUCACCGGUCAAGAGCGAGGCUGGAUCUUCCUGUACGAGAAGCUACCUGUACCGACGAGCGAGCGUGUUGUUUACACCGAUCAGGACAUAGAAAGCUUUGCGCAGGAGUUCGCCGAGUAUCCCAUUUCGGGAACGUUGAAGGUAAAGGAUGUCUAUGCGAAGCGACUGACGGCAGGAAUGGCCAAUCUGGAAGAGGGAAUUCUGAAGUACUGGAGCUGGGGACGAAUUGCUCUCGCAGGCGACGCAUGUCACAAGUACACCCCCAACGCUGGCCGUGGGCUGAAUAACGGAAUUCAGGAUGUCGUGGUGCUGUGCAAUAAGCUUCACGGUAUGCUGAGGUCAAAUUCUAGUUGUCCGAUUGGUGUUGCUCAUCUGCACAAUGUCUUUGAGGAAUACCAAAAGUCGAGGGAAGCCCCCUUGCGGGACGAUGCUAAAGAAUCGUUGUCCAUAUCACGUAUGCACGCCUGGGCCAAUGCUUUCUAUUACAUCAUGGCUCGUUACAUCAUGCCAUGUGAAAUUAUCCGGUGGUUCCUGUUCAACUUCGUUGCGGUGAGAGCUAUGCGGAAGGGGUGUGUGCUAGAUUAUAUUCCUGCAAGAGAGCCGCUGCAGGGGCUGGUCACAUGGGAGCACCAGAUGAAGAGUGACUUUAAUGAGGCAUGA